AUGUUGCUGCUAUACAUCUUCGGGCUGAUAUUAUCGGGCACAUACGGGGUUGAUUACGAAGAUAAUGAUCUUGCUAAAGUUUGUCGGCCGAUAGAUAGGCAAUUAGAUCUGUUAUUCGUUUUGGAUGGUUCCGGCAGCGUUAGUGGUAGCACCUUUUCAACACAAAUGCAAAUGCUUAACAGAAUUGUAGAAAUGGUUGACAUCGGAACAGAGAAGACUCAGAUUGCUGUUAUGCAAUAUUCCUCGUACACAAGAGUUGAAUUUGGUUUUUCAACGCAUCAGACAAAGGAUAAUUUAAAAAAUGCUUUGGGUAAAAUUCGACAUCUUUCUGGAACAACAAAAACCGGUAAAGCUUUGGAUAAGGCAUUACACCUGUUUAAACAUGACACAUCAUCUGGAGCUCGCAGAGAUCAAGAGGACGUUGCUCAGGUAGCGGUCGUUGUUACAGAUGGUCACUCACACGAUGACCCAGUGCCUGCAGCUCAGAGACUACGGCAAGCAGGUGUUCAAAUCUUAACAUUGGGUAUCGGUGCUCAUAUAAACAUGGGCGAACUCUUUGAUAUUACUGGAGAUGAAAGCUUAGCUUUCCAAAAUUUGACAUCACAGAAUUCUCUAGAUCAAUUUGUCAAUCAGUUCAAAAAAAUUGCUGUUGGAGAGCUGUGUAAAUUUGCUAGAGGAGCUCAUGGUGCUGAAAUUAUCUGCAAUAGUGAUUCGAUAGACAUUCGAGUAUCAACGGUGAAUCCAUUUUAUGGUCAUCUUUACGUUGCUAAUCAGUUUACUCACUCCGAAUGUGUCGCCAAAGCUGAAAACCUCUCAACUGAAGUUUACCUCCCUCUUAGUUUGACCUCGUGCAACAUUCAAAAACAAUCGAUGAUCGCAAAAAUUUGUCAUCUGAUAACUCAUCUUUUUUAUUACAGUAACCACUCGAUAAGAAUGCCCUGUUCGUAUAAAAUUAGUUCAAGAAACUCAGACCAGUGCCGGAUAGAAGACACUCGAGUCGGAGAGACAGUCAUUCAUUCCUGGGAAUGUGAUAAGAGUGUUUUUGACACAUAUCAGUCAAUGCUCAUUCACAGCUGUAUAAUAAUCAACGUUAUUAGUGGGGAGAAUAAAACGCUUGUUGAUGAAAACGGGUGUUCAAUUGAUCCUGCUGUCAUGGAUUCACCGGAAUAUGUCGAGCCGUUAACUGCUUUUGCUGUGGGUAAAUCAGUCAAAUUUCCAGACAGUUCAUUAAUUCAGUAUCAAUGUCAUCUAAGAUUCUGUGAUCGUUUACUUGGAGAGUGUGAUGCUAUUCUGGUGACUAUUUGCUUUUGA